AUGCCUCCGAGACCUGAUCUUCUCAGUCCCUCCCUCCUCUCCCCUGGUGAUUACGACGAUGAUGCCUCCUCCUUGCGAUCCCUAUCGGAGCAGGACUCUGACUCCGACGAUGACGAAUUUCUUCGCAAGCCUCGCACUACACUAGAGCUGGCCGAACAUGAUCGUGCAGUACUGGAGGAGGAGGAAGAGAUGGAGAAGUUGUUGGUCAGGAGCGGGCCAACUCAUGGUCUGCGACGGAUCUUCAGCCCGAACGGCAGCAGCGUUAAGAUCGGGAAAUACGAGCGGAAUCGGGAUCGGAAGAGGAAGCGACAAGAUGAGCGCAAACGGCGGCGUCGUAGUGCUGCAGGAGAAGAUGGAGAGCUAAUGUACGAGAUGGAAGAGGGCUAUCGAGAGUCCGAAUCCUCGCUCCUGAGCGGCUCCUCGUCGGAGGUAGACCAGCGAUUGGAGAAGCAGUAUGCGGAUAUUCGGCCGCGGCGAGUUUCUUGGACGAAAUUAAUACUGGUAUUUGCGGCGGUCUUGGUUUUGUUCCUAAUAUUCCUGCUGGGUGCAUACAAAGCCUCGAGUGGCUUCCGGGCAUCACACUCUCCCCAGCGCCUACUUUCCAACGGCACCGCUCUCUUUGGUUCCACCACCAUAUUAGUUUCCCUCGAUGGUUUCCGGGCCGACUUUCUCGACCGUGGUCUCACGCCGACACUUAAUGCGCUAAUCGCCGAAGGCGUUUCGCCACAGUAUAUGCUCCCCAGCUUUCCCAGCGUCACAUUUCCGAACCACUUCACUCUGGUCACGGGCUUAUAUCCAGAAAGUCACGGGAUCGUGAGCAACACUUUCUGGGAUCCUAUCCUAAAGGAGAAUUUCCACUACACCGACCAGUCAAUCAGCAUGCAGCCUAAGUGGUGGAAUGCCGAACCCUUGUGGAUGACCGCCGAAAAGCACGGCCUUAAAACCGGGAUUCAUAUGUGGCCUGGCUCCGAGGCGCACAUUGGAGGCGUAGACCCAACAUAUUUGGACAAGUACAACGGGUCAGAAGAGCUCCCCCGAAAAGUCGAUCGGAUUCUGGAGCUGCUCGACUUGCCAGGUGCAGAAGAAGAGUCCUUGAUUGUUCCCGAGCGACCGCAGUUCAUCGCUGCGUAUGUUCCCAAUGUUGACGCAGAUGGGCACAAGUUUGGCCCCAACAGUACUGAGAUCCGAAAUACAAUAUCACAGGUUGACAGCAUGUUGGCUGAGCUGAUGUCGGGCCUUCGAAGCCGUAAUCUGACCGAUAUUGUCAAUCUUGUUAUUGUUUCUGACCAUGGUAUGGCCACAACCGCUACGGAACGAUUGAUACAACUGGAUGAUUUUAUUGAUCUUGGUCUKGUCGAGCGUAUUGACGGAUGGCCAUUGCGCGGCAUCCGGCCGAAAAAGCCUGAGGAUCUUGAGACCUUGCAAGAUCAGCUGGAAAACCUGACGCUACAAUACCCACAUGCGGUGGAAGUCUACACACGGGAGACAAUGCCUGAGCGAUAUCACUUUUCCCGCAAUGACCGUAUUGCUCCACUUUGGGUGAUCCCCAAGACGGGAUGGGCGAUCGUCGAGCGACCAGACUUUGAUGCUCAAGAGGCUAUCCGAACUGGACGAGUUUAUCGUCCAAAGGGUGUUCAUGGUUACGACCAUGAGCAUCCUCUGAUGCGCGCAAUCUUCAUUGCUAGGGGCCCUGCGUUUCCUCAUCCACCGAACAGUCGGCUGGAAGUUUUCCAGAAUAUCAAUGUGUAUAAUUUGGUUUGCGAUUCUCUGGGGAUUGAUCCGCUCCCUAACAACGGAACGCUGCGCCUUCCUCUGCAGCCAGUGGGCCUUCAUUCUGAUCAAGAUGCGCCGGUUGUCGACAAACCUGCUGACCCUCCGAUCAGCAGCGCUACCGUGAGCCUAGUAUCCUCGCAGACCAUGACGCCGGCCUCCACUUCCUCCACUACAUCACUUGUGUCGUCAACAGCUCUUGUUGAGCCAAUUUCACCGUCUGAAAAUGAGUCCAACUCGGAGCCGCAAAGCCAACCGGAAAGCGACGACGAACAGGGCCCUACUUGGUGGGGAACACUCUGGAGCAAAGUUGAGGAGGUCAAGAAUUGGGCCAUUGAUAUAAUCGAGACCGUCAAGGACAAUAUCGUGUAA